CCCCGGAUUUGGCCGCUGAUUUUCCCGGACCAGUCGGCAGCAUUGCGAGCCGUCUGGCUUUCCCAACAUGUCGGGUCCCAUGUGCCGGUGACCAGCCUUCAGCCCUUCACCUAUUUUCUCCAGCAUCCAACAUCGCUGCUCCAUGGCAUCUGCCGGGAUCCGAGAGUCAGAUUUAAUUUGCCGAUCCUGGCUAAGGAAUCGAGAGAGAGAGAGGCAGACGGGGCCAGGGGGAAGAUGAGAUAAAACGGGCCAAGUGCCUGGUCGUUUCAUUGAAGGCUUAAGUCUUUUGGUCCAGCAGGUCUUCCUGUCCUGUCUGUUUGUUGCCAGCCCGUAACCUCAACUUGGACGCUUGGCAAUGGCCCGGCUCUCGCUUGUUGCACUGCUCGCAGUGCCCUGGCUCCUCCUCGCCGGCCUCGCGUCUGGCGAUGCCGUGCUGGACCUCCAGAACAAGGGCAGGCCCAGCAUCGACGCCCAGAUCGCCAAGUCGACAACAUGUACGAAGGACAAGCUUCGGGUCCGCCGGGAAUGGGGCGACAUCUCGGCGGCCGAGAAGAAGGCCUACAUUGCGGCCAUGCUCUGCCUCAUGGAGAAGCCGUCCAAGCUGGACCAGACCAAGUUCCCCGGGGCCAAGUCGCGAUACGAUGACUUCGUCGUCGUCCACAUGAACCAGACCAUGAACAUCCACGGCACCGGAAGCUUCCUGUCGUGGCAUCGUUACUACACUUGGUCGUUCGAGCGAGUGCUCCGCCAAGAGUGCGGGUAUACCGGCACCCAGCCGUACUGGGACUGGGGACGCUGGGCCCAAGACCCGGAGAAAUCGCCCAUCUUUGACGGCAGCGACACCUCGCUCAGCGGCAACGGCGAGAAGAUCCAGCACCGCGCGGCGGCCGGCAUUCCCGCGGGCAACGGAGGCGGCUGUGUCAAGACCGGUCCUUUCAAGAACAUGACAGUGCACCUCGGCCCGCUCUCCCCGGCGGUCGACCCGGCCCCGCCGCGCAACCCGCGCCAGGACGGCUACGGCGACAACCCGCGCUGCCUGCGCCGCGACAUCUCCAACCAGCUCAGCAGCCGGUACACGCGCACGCAGGACAUCGUCUCGCUGAUCACCUCCUCCCGGGACAUCGGCACCUUCCAGAACGCCAUGCAAGCCGCUGGGGGUUUCGGCGGCGGGUUCGGCGGUGCCGCCCCGGGCGCCGCGGGCAUGGGCGUGCAUGCCGCGGGCCACUUCACCAUUGCGGGCGACCCGGCCGGCGAUUUCUUCACCUCGCCCAACGACCCGGCCUUCUGGGUGCAUCACGGGAUGAUCGAUCGGACGUGGACCAUCUGGCAGAGCCAGGAGCUGGCGAGUCGGGUGCAGGUCAUUGCCGGCGGGUCGAGCAUGAUGGGCUUUGGGAGGCAGCAGAGCCUGGAUGACGUGGUGGAUUUGGGUGUCGUGGGCGAUAAGGUGUGGAGGAUUCGGGAUUUGGUGAGUGUUGUGGAUGGGCCGUUCUGUUAUGUUUAUGAGUGAGCAGCAGUAGGUUGUCAGGGGCUGGGGUUGGUAGGUCGAGCUUUCUGGGGGGGUGAUAUUACCUUAGUAGUGAGUAGGGACGUAUUGUACAGGUCCUGCCGAGGUUGUUGUCUACAUAUUCUUCCUGCUGAGUCGUGCCGUAGCUAUCGUCUUCAGGUGCGGCUCACGUCAUGGAUUCGAAUCCUCUCCGAGGGUUAUGACA